AUGCCUGCUAGAAAACGCACUGACACAACGGGUGAGGUGAGGUGCAGGCUAUGUGGUAAGGCCCCUGAAAGUGUCGCCCAUGUCUUGGCUGGUUGUACCGCCCUCGCACAGAAUAAGUAUCUUACCCGACAUAACGCAGCCUUGAAAAUACUUUUCUUUGAAAUUCUGCACAUUGUAGACAUAGUCCCACCUUGGUACUCGCCAUCGAAACCGAAGCCAGUGUACGAGGUGAACAAUGCACAAGCAUUCUGGGACGUUCCUUUAACUGCGGAGCACCAAGAAGUUAGAGCCAACAAAAUAGAUGCGCGUAUAAUUGACCAUGAAUCAAGACGACUCAUCACGCUGGAGAUGAGCUGCUCGUGGAUUACAAAUAGGGGGAAAAAGAAUGAGGAAAAAACCUCGAAAUAUGGACCGCUUCGUUGGGAAUUAAAGCGGAAGUACCAAGAAUAUGAAGUGAAACAAUAUAAUAUCAUAAUGGACGUAUUAGGGGGAUGGUGUCGUGACUUAAAAGCUGAAAUGAAGGAGUUGGUCGGAAACAAGAGUAAGGGAGUUUUUCCAAAUAUGCAGAAGGCUGUGAUCUCGGGAAGACUAAAUAUCUCUCGGACAUUUAAAGUUGUAACAUGA